AUGGUAAAUAGUUGCAUUAUCAUUGGUUGUGCAAAUCGUCAAGUAAAAGGUUUAAGUUUGAGUUUUUGUCGUUUACCAAAAUGCCCUGAACGAAGAAGACUUUGGCUAGCAGCUAUUAGACGGAAAGAUUACAAUCCUCCUUUGGACAGCUAUGCAAGAGUAUGUGGAAUUCAUUUUAUCAGUGGUAAUGCAUCAGGGGAUAAGUGUAGUCCGGAUUAUGUUCCAACACUUGAUAUGGGAUACGAAAUGAAAAAUUCAUCAGCUUCAGCUUCAAAACAAGCCGUAUAUAAAAGAGGAUUAAAGGGAGAUUUUACAAAGAAGAUCAAUGAGCAGGAAAGUUAUUGA